CACAAACGGACAUCCAAACCUACUCUCUACAAACCAGUCUAGCACAAAUUACCAACCAAAACAAGGAAACGACCUGAAAAUUAUUGAUCAAGUAUUUGACAUUUAGGUGGAUGUGAUUUUAUUGACAGAAAGUGACAGUAGUUGCCUGUUGAUCAACAAGUAUUUUUCAUCACAGAAUAUAAGUUUGCAAAAUGUAUCUCAAGGAAUAUAGAAUUUGUAUGCCUCUUACAGUUGACGAGUAUCGGAUAGGGCAGUUGUUUAUGAUAGCCAAGCAUAGUCAUGAACAAAGUCAGAAAGGUGAGGGUGUGGAAGUUGUUACUAAUGAACCCUGUGAGCAUCCUGAACAUGGUAAAGGUCAAUAUACAGAAAAAAGAGUUCAUUUAUCAAGCAAGUUGCCAGCUUGGAUCAGGUCAAUGAUUCCAGCCAUAUUUUAUAUCACAGAAAAAGCCUGGAACUAUUAUCCUCAUACAAUUACAGAAUAUACUUGUUCAUUCAUUCCCAGAUUUGUUGUCAAUAUUACAACAAGAUAUGAAAAUAAUAAUGGGUCCACAGAAAAUUGUUUAGAUUUAACAGAAGAAGAAUUAGGAGUUCGAGAAGUAGAUUUUGUAGAUAUAGUAAAUGAUCCAAUAGAUGAAAGUAAAUAUAAAGAGUCAGAGGAUCUCACAAAAGUCAAAUCAAAUAAAACAGGUAGAGGACCAUUCUCUAAAGAUUGGAGGGAUACCACAAAACCAAUUAUGUGUUCAUACAAGGUUGUACGUUGUUGUUUUGAAGUAUGGGGUUUACAAACAAAAGUUGAAGGAUAUGCACAAAAGGCAUGUAGAGACAUAAAUCUUCUAGGUCAUAGACAAGCAAUUUCCUGGUUAGAUCAGUGGAUAGACAUGUCAUUAGAAGAUAUACGUUCAUAUGAAGGUAAAAUGCAGAAGGAAACAAAUGAGAAGGUGAUGCAGGAAAUGGGCGAGGUUCCGCCAGCUCAAGAAAUCAAAAUUCAAUAACAUCAACUCUCUACAGAGCCUUUCAUUAACAUAAUAUAGUCUGUUUUUAAAAUCAACAUAGUGUGGAUAUAAAGUUCUCUAUAGCCUGUUUCUGAAAAAAAAUAA